GCCUAACUCAGAUGAUCGAGUUGUUAGCAUUUUGCUCCAUCUCCUUCCGUCUGAGAGAGAGUAACUCCAGCUGUCGUCUCUAUACGCUUCGAUAGGAAUUACGGACGACUCGGUUACCAAAAUGAAGUAUUAGUACAGUUGUACAUAUUAGGGGGAAAAUAAUAUUUAUGUUUUGUAGUCUUCACUACCACCGAGAGUCUCACAAUCGUUAUACGGAAAAGAAAAGCCCGGAAAAGUUAUUGUCGAGUGGAGGGGGACUCGGGCUGUGCAAACUUCGUGUUGAUGUUUAGGCACUGUUGGUACAGUGGUAACAGAACGUGGUAGCAUAAAGGGAACAGUGCGCUCGUGCUCCCUCCGCCAUGGAGGCCACCGGCAAGUUUGACUUCAACGCUACCGCUGAAGAUGAGCUGAGCUUCAGGAAAGGGGACACACUCAAGAUCUUAGGGACCAACGAUGACUGGUUCAAAGCAGAAAUGCACGGCCAUGAAGGCUUUGUGCCCAAAAAUUACCUCAGCAUCGAACUCCCCAGCUGGUACCAGGAGAACACGGGUCGGCACGAGGCCCAGGAGGCGCUCUUCUCCAAGUCCGUGGGCUCCUUCAUCAUCCGCGGCAGCCAGAGCUCCCCGGGGGACUUCUCCAUCUCCGUCAGGCAUGAACAGGACGUACAGCACUUUAAGGUGAUGCGGGACAGCCGGGGUCAGUACUACCUGUGGACAGAGAGGUUCACAUCCCUCAACAAAAUGGUGGAGUACUACACCCAGAACUCCAUCUCCAAGCAUAGUCGCAUCUUCCUACGGAACACUGACCAGCAGCCUCAGGGCUUCAGAGGACCUCCUCCGGAGCCCAUGCCACCUCCACAGAGUUUCAGAGGACCUCCUGAGCCAAUGCCACCUCCACAGAGUUUCAGAGGACCUCCUGAACCGGUCGCACAUCAACAGGAGCGAGGACGCAGCACGACGAGAACCGGCGCUCUACCCGCCCGCCCAUCGGAGCCCCUUCCUUCUCCUCCUCAGCCGGCCGCGCUGAAGGUGAGGGCCUUGUACGACUUCGCGGCCGAGGAGAGGGACGAGCUGAACUUCAGCAGCGGAGACGUGAUCGAGGUCGUGGACCAGUCGGACCCGUCCUGGUGGAGGGGGAAACUGCGGGGCCGCACGGGGCUCUUCCCCUCCAACUACACCACCCCUGUAUGACCACGAGGCCCAGCCUCAUCACGCUCUCUCUGGAGGGACACUGCUAUGUUUUGCCUGAUUUCAGUGCCCCCCAUCUCUAUUUGUUGUCGUUGUUGUUGUUAUCCAUGCCCAUGUUCCAAAAGAGUUACCACAGUCCAUGAUAUCUCAUACACAUUGCUUAGUCUAAUUGUACCUGUGUUGCGUUGUAUUUUCACAUCUCAAUAAAAUGUAUUUUUUCUGA